AUGGCUGAAUCUGGAAAUGAGUUCAAUGGAAAUGCUGGAGUAAUCUUAGCCAUUCAAGAUAUGGCUUCAGCAAUUAGAGAAAAUAGUAACCAAGAUCACCGUCAUGAAACUGAAGAAGAUCGAGUUAUGAGGAUACCAGGACAAUUCCGUAAGACGAAACCAACAAUAUUUAAAGGUGAACCAAAUCCUAUGGCAGCUGAAGAAUGGUUGAGGCAAAUUAAGAGAAAGAUGGAUAAUCAAAGAAUUCCUGCAGACAUUAGAGUUGUUAUUGCUUGUACCUAUCUGGAAGGACAAGCAUACCUUUGGUGGGAGUCAAUUCUGAGUAUGCCAGAUACUGAAAUUACAACUUGGGAGGCAUUCGAAAGUGUUUUCUUGGAAAAAUAUUUUCCAAGUACUAUGAAAGCAAUGAAAGCAAGGGAGUUUGUUAACCUUGUCCAGGGCAACUUAACUGUUGAUCAAUAUCAAUCUAAGUUUGAAGAACUCAUGCGUUUUGCACCAUAUAUGAUCCCUGAUGAUGCAACAAAAGCAAAACGAUUUGAAGAAGGAUUGAAACCAUCAAUUUUGGAAAAGGUUGACAUUUUGAAAUUAAGCAAGUAUGCUGAUGUGGUUGAUAGAGCACAUAUAGCAGAGCAAAGACCCGAAACGAAGAGAACUUGGGAUUCAAGUAGUGGACAAGUAAAUAAACGGACAAGAUUUAAUACUCCUCAAUCACAAGAAAAGUUCGGACCACCACUAUGUUAUUACUGCAAACAAGUGGGACAUGUAAAGAGAUUUUGUCCACAACUACAAAGAUAUCAAGGACCUCAAGUACAGCAGACAUUAUAUCGUCCUCCACAAGUACCUUUUCGUGCUCCACCGCCACCUCAAAGUUAUACUACUUUUCAACCUCAGUCUAACUGGGCAAGGCCAGUUACUAGUCAAUCACCACAACAUCCAGGAGGACAAUCUUCCCAAAUUAAACCAAAGGUCCCUGCAGCUGGAAAGAAAUCUGGACCAUUCACACAAGGAAGAGUAUAUGUUAUGGGAAAUGUGACAGAUCAAACUGAGCCUAAGACAAUAGAAGGUAUGUUUUUGGUAUUCAACUCUUGGGCUAAAGUGUUAUUUGAUUGUGGAGCUACACACUCUUUUAUAUCCAAAUCUUUUGCAUCAAUGCUUGAGUUAGACUCUGAAAAUAUGAAACCUUCUUUGUUAAUUGGAUCUCCUUUGGGUGGUAGUCUAGAAGUUGAUAAAGUAUGUAGAUCUUGCAUGAUAGAGAUGUCGGGCCAUAAAAUUGUUGUUGAUUUGAUGGUAUUGGAAAUGUUGGAAUAUGAUAUUAUUUUAGGAAUGGACUGGCUUACACGUUACCAAGUUACAAUUGAUUGGGGUAAAAAGCGAAUUACCAUCAAUACUCAUAAGGAAGAAACCUUUAGCUUCUUUGUGAAAAAGGAAAGCCAGAAAUAUGGUGUUGGAGAUUAUAAAUAUUUGAGUCAGAUAGCUAGAAUUGGAACUGAAGAAGUAGAAAAAUCUCCAAUACAACUUAUACCUGUGGUAAAGGAAUUUAGCGAUGUUUUUCCAGAAGAAUUGCUCGGCUUACCUCCAUAG